GUGCGCAGAUUCCUCUUUGGCUCCUGCUCCGAGAGAGACGCAGCGAAAGAGUUGAUCCUCCUGUUCGGCAUGCGAAGGGUGAAGGUGAACGGAACGAGACUCCUAGAGAGGAAGGGAAUCUGGAGGAGGGGGUCCACUGCACAAUCACCUCCCUCUUGCUGCCUGGCUUCUCUCUUGCGGAGGGGAAAGUGGCUUUUACCUCUCACAAGCGCUGCAUCGGUGGCCCCUUCUGACAUCUGGAGCUGGAAGCCCCUCUGAUUAGGACAGUCUUAGCCUUGAGGCAGAAAUUGGCGGAAGACGAAGUUCCUUCAGCUGUGCUGAACGUUUUUGUAAAAUGGAUGGGGAAGACACAUCUGGCCCUGAAGCAAGAAGAGGUUCCAGUAUCAGCCAGACAGGGGGCAGUGUGGGAUUCUGGGAAGGAACUGCCCAAAAAGUCCUGGGUGAGGAAGACACCCUCAGCUCAGAUGUGCAGCGCCAACAGUUCAGGCAUUUCCGCUACCAGGAGGCUGAGGGCCCCCGAGAGAUUUGCAACAAACUCCACCAUCUCUGCCAUCAGUGGCUGAAGCCAAAGCAACACACGAAGAAUCAGAUUCUGGAUCUGGUGAUUCUGGACCAGUUCUUGGCUGUCCUUCCACUGGAGAUGGAGAGCUGGGUGAGGGAAUGUGGAGCAGAGACCUCUUCCCAGGCGGUGGCCCUGGCUGAAGGUUUCCUCUGGAGCCAGGCAGAGGACAGGAAGCAGGAAGAGCAGCAGGAAAAUGAACUGUUUGCAGAAAUGGGCACUGAAGCUGAGAGGACUUCAUCGAACACCAGACAGAGGCCGCAGGGGGAUGAAAUGAUGCUGGCAAGACCUCCUCAGCCAUCUCUUCUUUGGGAUACAGGGGAACCAACUGCUGUGGAACUGGAUCAGGGUCCAGUGUCCUUUGAGGAUGUGGCUGUGCAUUUCACAGAGGAGGAGUGGGCCCUGCUGGAUCCUGACCAGCAAGUGCUGCAUAAGGAAGUCAUGGAGGAGAAUUGUAGAAUUGUGGCUUCUCUUAAAGGUGGCAAAUUGGAAACCAAGAAUAUGGGAGACAACGACAAAAUCCACACAGUGAAGUCAUAUAAAUAUUUAAAGUGUGGGGAGAGCUUCAGUCAGAGAUUCCAUAAAAGAAUUUACAGUUUGGAGAAACCAUAUCAAUGCAUAGAAUGUGGAAAGAGUUUCAGUCAGACCGUUCAUCUCAGUGCCCAUCAAAGUAUUCACAGUGGGGAGAAACCAUACCCAUGCUUGGAAUGUGGUAAGAGCUUUAACAGAAGCACAGACUUCUGUCGUCAUCAAAGAAUUCACAGUGGAGAGAAACCAUAUCAAUGCUUGGAGUGUGGAAAGACCUUCCGCUGGAAGGAAAAUCUCACUUCCCAUCAAAGAAUUCAUGCAGGGGAGAAACCCUAUCAAUGCUUGGAAUGUGGAAAGAGCUUCAAUCAGAGUUGCCAUCUUACAACCCAUCAAAGAAUUCAUACAGGGGAAAAACCAUACGAAUGUUUAGAAUGUGGAAAGAGCUUCAGACACAGUUCCCACCUAACUUCCCAUCAAAGAAUCCAUACAGGGGAGAAACCAUAUAAGUGCUUGGAAUGUGGAAAGAUCUUCAGAUGGAAGAAAAUUCUUUCUUCCCAUCAAAGAAUCCAUACAGGGGAGAAACCAUAUCAGUGCUUGGAAUGUGGAAAACGCUUCAUCUCCAAAAUACACCUCACUUCCCAUCUAAGAAUUCAUACUGGGGAGAAACCAUACCAAUGCUUGGAAUGUGGAAAGAGCUUCAAUCACAGCUCCAGUCUCACUUCCCAUCAAAGAAUUCAUACAGGGGAGAAACCAUACCAAUGCCUGGAAUGUGGAAAGAGCUUCAAUCAGAGCUACCAUCUCACAACCCAUCAAAGAAUUCACAGUGGAGAGAAACCAUAUCAAUGUUUGGAAUGUGGAAAGAGCUUUACUAGGAGCUCAGGUGUCCGUCAUCAUCAAAGAAUUCAUAUUCGCGCCGGGGAGAAACCAUAUCAAUGCCCUGAAUGUGGAAAGAGGUUUAACAGAAGCACAAACUUCCGUCGCCAUCAAAGUACUCACAGUGGGGAGAAACCAUAUCAGUGCCAGGAGUGUGGAAAGAGCUUUUUUUGGAAGUGUGAUAUGACUUCCCAUCAAAGAAUUCAUUCAGGGGAGAAACCGUAUCAAUGCUUGGAAUGUGGCAAGAGCUUCAGCUUCAAGAAAAGUCUCAUUUCCCAUCAAACAAUGCAUACAGGAGAGAAACCAUAUCUAUGCUUGGAAUGUGGAAAGAGCUUCAGACACAGUUCCCAUCUUUCUUCCCAUCGAAGAAUUCACAGUGGGGAUAAGCCAUAUCAAUGCUUGGAAUGUGGGAAAAGCUUCACCUACAAGGCAGGUCUCACUUACCAUCGAAGAAUUCACACAGGGGAGAAACCGUAUCAAUGCUUAGAAUGUGGAAACAGCUUCACUUGCAAGGCAAGUCUUACUUACCAUCAAAGAAUUCAUACAGGGGAGAAACCAUAUCAAUGUCCGGAAUGUGGAAACAGCUUCACCUGCAAGGCUAGUCUCACUGCCCAUCAAAGGAUUCACAGCGGGGAGAAACCUUAUCAGUGCUUGGAAUGUGGGAAGAGCUUUAGGGAAUCAGCUGCUAUGACUUCCCACCAAAGAAUUCACACCGGGGUGAAACCAUAUAAAUGCUUGGAAUGUGGAAAGAGCUUCCGUCAGAGCACUUAUCUCAGUAACCAUAAAAGAAUUCAUAGAGGGGAGAAACCAUAUCAGUGCUUGGAAUGUGGAAAGAGCUUUCAUGCAUGGAUAGACUUUUGUCGUCAUCAAAGCAUCCAUACAGGGGAGAAACCAUAUCAGUGCAUGGAAUGUGGAAAGAGCUUCAACCGGAGUACCCGUCUCACUAAUCAUCAAAGAAUUCAUACAGGGGAGAAACCAUAUCAGUGCAUGGAAUGUGGAAAGAGCUUCAGCUGGAAGGAAAGUCUCACUUCCCAUCAAAGCAUUCAUAAAGGGGAGAAACCGUAUCAAUGCUUGGAAUGUGGAAAGAGCUUCAGUCGGAGUUACAAUCUCACUUCCCAUGAAAAAGUACACAAUGGGGAGAAACCAUAUCAGUGCUUGGAAUGUGGGAAGAGCUUCAGCUGGAAGGAAACUCUCACUAACCAUCAAAGAAUUCACAGUGGGGAGAAACCAUAUCAGUGCAUGGAAUGUGGAAUUAGCUUUAGCUGGAAGAAAAGUCUUACUUCCCAUCAAAGCAUUCAUACAGGAGAGAAACCAUAUCAGUGCUUGGAAUGUGGAAAGAGCUUCAGUCGGAGAGACAAUCUCACUUCCCAUGAAAAAGUUCACACAGGGGAGAAACCAUAUCAGUGCUUGGAGUGUGGAAAGAGCUUUCAUGCAAGCACAGAUCUUUUUCGUCAUCAAAGAAUUCAUACAGGGGAGAAACCCUAUCACUGCUGGGAAUGUGGAAAGAGCUUCAGUCGGAGAGAUAGUCUUACCUCCCAUGAAAAAGUUCAUAGCGGGGAGAAACCGUAUCAGUGCUUGGAAUGUGGAGAGAGCUUCAGCUGGAAGGAAACUCUCAUCUCCCAUCAAAGCAUUCAUACAGGAGUCAAACCAUAUAAAUGCUUGGAAUGUGGAAAGAGCUUCAAUCACAGCUCCCAUCUUACAUCUCAUCAAAGAAUUCAUACAGGGGUGAAACCAUAUAACUGCAUGGAAUGUGGAAAGAGCUUCAGUCGAAGCUCCACUCUCACUUCUCAUGAAAAAAUUCACAGUGGGGAGAAACCAUAUCAGUGCUUGGAACACGGAAAGAACUUCAGUCAGAGAGACAAUCUCACUUCCCACCAAAAAAAUCAUAUGGGAGGGAAACCAUAAAUGCUGUGGUACCUGGUGGUCACUGGGCCUGGCAGGGCUCCUAGGAUGCCAUGGAGACACAGCCAGUGAGGUCAAAGAGGUUUAGGCAAGUUGGGAGGUGAUUAUAUACUGAUUAUGGGGAAGGGUUCAGUCUCAGGAUUCACGUCUACCUUUCUGUGCAGACUUGCUCUUUAAUUGCUUUAAUAUUUUAAAAAAACUAGUUUGCUUGUUUGGAAAAGGAAAGGAAAUUAUGGGGAAGGGUUCAGUUUCAGGAUUCACAUGUACCUUUGUAUGCAGAAUUGCUCUUUAAUUGCUUAAAUAUUAAAAAAAAAACCAGUUUGCUUUUUCAGAAGAGCAAAGGAAAGCACUGGAAGAAGUGCUGGAAGAAGAAUGCAUAAAAAUCCAUUGUUUUGUUCCCUCAACACACGGUGUGUUAAAGACAUAAUAAUAUGGCUGCUCAUUCGCAGUCCAGGAAGGGGAAAUACUGGCAGUCGGAGGAGAUCAAGCUGCUUUUGUGAAGUUAUUUCAGCCGAGGGAAGGGCAAACGGAAUUCUGGACAGCACUCCCUAAUAAGCACAACAUUAAUUUGGCACAUUUCACACAAACGUCUUGAGGGAAGAUAUGUCUGGUCUCCAGGCAGGCCCACUCACAAUUGAAAUUAUAUACAAACAUUUUUUUAAAGUUAUGCAGUGCCUUAGGGGGUGCCUGUGGCCAAGUCAAGGAGGUUCACAUCCUCUGGGUUGCCGGGGGAAGCUGAGCCGAGAGGACAGGAGGCCACCAGGUUUGCAGCAUCCCUUUACUUUCCUCAUAGGAUCAGAAGACUUAACUUUAGCAUUCAAAUAUAAUAGAAAAUUGCUCCUUCAGACCAUUCUGUGUUGCAAUGUUAUUUAAUUUGUAAUUUUAAUGUAGUAUUUAUUGAAAAGAAAGUAUUUA